AUGCUCGAAGUUUGCAAAUCAGAAUUCGAUGGGAUUGAAAAUGUGGAAUUCCUGCAAAUCGACAUUCGCAAGCCCCCUAAAGAAUCCCUGGAAGGCAGUUUCGAUAGCAUCUUCUCAUCAUAUUGCUUCAUGUACAUCUCUGACCAGAGGAAUGCGCUGCAGAACAUAUUUGAUCUUCUGUCGCCGGGCGGUAAUUGUUUGGUUCUUCAAUUGUCUUUUGCUCCUUUUAUAAAACCAUUCUUCACCCUGGCUGAAUCGUCUAAAUGGAAGUCUGAACUUAAAGGAUUAAGAGACUUGUACGCUUUUCCCUUCUGGGAAGAUCCAAAUCCAAUAUUCACAGUGGAAGAUUACAUGAAAUCCAUCGGAUUCAUCGAUAUUUCAGUCACUAUACAGAAGAAUUAUGAACAAAUAGAAUCACAGGAACACUAUAAAGCAUUUAUCGAGAGUCUGCCUUCUCCAUGGAAAACUCUGCCAGAAGAAUAUCAGGAAGAUUUUAUGAAUGAUCUGCAAGAAACUGCAAAGACGGAUAACUUGUUUAAAACCAACAUCUCAAGACAAUCAGCACCAAUUAAGGAACCUCAUCAAUUUCUGCUGAUUUAUGGAAGAAAACCAGAAUGA